AUGGUUCGAGUUGCUGUCGGUGUUAAGCGAGUCAUUGACUACGCUGUCAAGAUCCGAGUCAAGCCUGACGGCUCCGGCGUCGUCAAGGAUUCAGUCAAGCACUCGAUGAAUCCUUUCUGCGAAAUCGCCGUCGAGGAGGCCGUCCGACUCAAGGAGAAGAAGAUCGCCAAGGAGAUCGUCGCCUUCACCAUCGGCCCAAAGCAGUCUGCCGAGACUCUUCGAACUGCGCUCGCCAUGGGCUGCGAUCGAGGCGUCCACGUCAAUGUUGAUCAAGCUCAGCUGGAUGCUCUUACUCCUCUCCAGAUCUCCAAAAUGGCUGCCAAGAUCGCUGAAACCGAAGCAGCGGACCUUCUUCUCAUGGGCAAACUCGCCAUCGACGGUGAUUACGGUCAGACCGCCGCUAUGACCGCUGCCAUUCUCGACUGGCCCCAAGCUACCAACCUUUACUCUCUCCAGCACAAUGGCGAUAGCGCUACAGUCGAGCGAGAGAUCGACGGUGGCCUUGAAACCAAUGAGAUCAAGACACCAGCUGUUCUUUCCGUUGAUCUCCGAAUCAACCAACCCAGAUAUGCUACUCUUCCCAACAUUAUGAAGGCUAAGAAGAAGAAGGUCAAGGCCGUCAAGCCUGCUGACCUUGGCGUGGACGUUGCCCCAACUUUGAACGUGAUCAAAGUCGCGGAGCCACCAGUCCGAGCUGCUGGAGAAAUCGUCGAAGACGUCGACACGCUCAUCUCCAAAUUGAAGGACGCUGGACGUAUCUAA